AUGUCGUCCUCGUCGACCACCGCCUGUUCGAGAUCGCCUUCACCGUCACCAGCGACACCAGAUUCGUCAGACACGCUCGAACCAGUUGUCACUCAGGAGGAGCUCGUGGCUUGGUGUAAUUCACUAUCGUCCGGCUUUCUCGUCGGAGAUGAAGCGCAGUUCCUCGACAACGACAAGAGGGAGCAAGGACAAAUCCUGGACUUAGAGGACUUGUUGCAAGUCACUGCGUAUGAGGACUCUCCCCCGCCCGCUCAGGAGUACAAGUUCCCGUCCCCCGAUUCUGCUGCUCUUUCUGGUGCAUCGUCGCCAUCGUCUCUCGAAAUCUCCGAUUUACUUGCGCGCCCGCGUGGCUCGGGCUCAAUGAAGCCGAUCCCUCCCCCACCUUCGCAACCUCGCAGAGAUCCCUCCAUCGUUGCACAGCGUGUGGUCUAUCCGUCGAAGGACUCAUGCUACAAUCUUCCUAUCCUGAUCCCCAGCAUCCCCGAAGGCGGUACCAAAUCUCGGGUUGAGACCCAGGUGCGAUUGACCGUCGACUUAGCUCAUGCGAGCGCGUCUUCAGGAGAGCCCUUCAAGUAUGACCGAGUAGGAAGUUGGAAGUGGCUCAGAUUGCCCAAGGGCACCUCCACCAAGAGGAGAACGCGUAAGGAGGGCAAAGUCGAAACACAAGUAGACGACACACUCUAUCUUACGGCCGAAGUGACGUGUGCAUCUUCUCCUCAUACUCCUGUGACCUGCUGCGCGAGUUGUCAAACGCGAGAGGCAAAGAGAGUUGCGAGAAAAAUUGCAGCGCGUGUCAGGCCCGCUCGUUCUGAUUCAGACUCUCCGGAUGAGGCUAGGACCAUCCCUGGGCGAGGCAAACACGAAGAUACCUCAAAUCUCCUCCAAUUCAACUGCCCUGAAGUAAUGGAUUUCUCCACUGGUUCGGUGGUCCUUCCUCUGCGUAUCACUUGCUACUGCCGUCACCAUCGGGAGAAGGUGGGGUUCAACGUGCACUUCUCUAUGUUGGACCGCACGGGACGCAUCGUGGGGACAGGAACAACCAGGCCAAUCAUGAUCACCGACGACCACAAGAGCACAGGCGUCAAUUCCAAGUCGGCCACUCUGUUGGGUGGUUUCGAAAGGUCGCAGAUUGACCGGUCUUCCAGGGUUGCAGGCGACUCAGAGAAGCGACCUACGAAGCGGAAGAUUCGUGAAGGAUCCGACCGCACCAAGAAGCGGACUAAGCCUUACGAUGUUGGCCGCAGUGCUGGCCGAGGUUCCCAAAACACCAGCGAUGGCAGUCUGGAUUCACCUAAAACACCUAGUUCUACCUUCGUGAGCAGACCAACGUCCCCUCUGCACUCUCUUGCGUCAAGUGUGCUCUCGCAGCCGGGCCCGAGCAGACAACUCACGUCAAGUCGUUUGGAUCACAGUCGUACUCACUCAGCCUCCACGGCUGUUGAGCCAGUAUUCGAUAUUUCUCAGUCUGUCGGACAGCUGUCGUCAACAAGGUUCGAUCCGGAUAUCAGUCUACCUUCACAAAUUAGUGUCCAGAGCGUCUCGCUUGAUCAAUUGGCAAACUCGUUUUUACCUACCACUCCUUCCUCGCCGAUUCCAUUGGCCCUUAAUCCAGUCCAGACUUUGAACGUCCCUCGACCGCCGUCAAUGUCAUUUACACUAUUUAAGCAUGACCCUCCUCCAUCAAUUUCGAGUCUUCCUCCCCCAAGGAUACACCGUCUGAUUCCGUCGUCUGGUCCUACGUACGGUGGAAUCGAAGUGACUGUGCUAGGCGCCAAUUUCCAUACUUCUAUGCAGUUAAACUGUGUCUUUGGUGGUUCACCAGCGAGUUCGACCCAACGCUGGAGUGACAACACCUUGGUGUGUCUACUGCCACCCAGUACGAACCCGGGUGUUGUUCCGGUCUGGUUCGAUGGCAUACCGAAAGAGGAGAACGGUACUCCUGCUUGCCUGUUUGCAUACACCGAUGAGACCGAUAGAGCAUUGAUGGAACUAGCUCUGCAAGUGGUAGGGCUGAAGAUGACCGGCAAGAUUGAGGAUGCUCGGAAUGUCGCCAUGCGUAUUGUGAGCAACACGGACUCGAACGACUCCGGAAGCGGCAUAGCAGCAAGUGAUGCCAUGCAGCUUGCUAAUGAUAGUGCCACGCGAUCUCUCGAUAUUCGUCGUGUUCUCCUUAGCCGUGCUGGUGACAACGGCGACUUUGAAUCACUCAUCUUGGAUUUCCUCUCCAUCCUUGAUGUUCCCGUGCCUGUACAAACAGCUUCGCUUUCGUCUUCCAUCUCCCACCAGUCUGGAAGUGGGCAGACUCUGCUUCAUCUGGCAACCUUCUUGAACUUCCCGACCCUCGUAUCCUUCUUAGUAUCUCACGAGAUCGACGUCGAUGCUCGUGAUAGGAAUGGUUGCACCGCUCUGUGCCUAGCAGCCAUCGUGAAAUCGACUCAAUGCGCUAAGAUUCUCACUGACGCCGGUGCAUCCUUUGAUAUUGUCAAUGCGUGGGGUAAGACACCAGCGCAGAUUGCACCGUCCGGCUUCUUCGACUUUGUAUCAUCCGAGAGUGGCCACACCGACCAAGGUUGCGAUGCUGAUGACAGUCUUGACGAUGAAUCGGCCUGGGGGGAUGUGGAGGACCACACCGAUGACGAAGUGGAGGUCAAGCAGGUAAGACGUCAUCAUCCUCGCAAGUUCCUCCACCGGAUGCGCAAAACUAUACAUCCUCCUGCUGAGUCUGACAAGGACACGGAGCAACGUCCCGCAGCUACGCAGAAGUCAGAGGAGAAGAAGGAGCUGAAGCUUCAAGACGAGAAGCAGGCCGUCGCUCCAUUCAUGGAGACUUUAUUCCGUACCUUGGCUCAGUUGCAGCACCCCCAAGGAAUGAUCCCAAAUAUGCCAAACCUACCGCCUCUUCACUUACCUCAAAUUCGUGGUAUCCCGGGUAUUCCGGCGUGGAAUGCUCUUUCCCAAAUGCCUGCUGUCUUCCCAGUAUUUGUACCGAUCCCUGCCUUGUCGGCUAUUUUUGGCGAAAAGCGCGCUGGGGAAGUGCAGUCGGAAGGAACUCCAGGCACCAAUGGUCAAGCAUGGUUGGGUAUGCUUACUGUUCAGGAUUGGCGAGCGAUCUGGGAAAAGUGGAUGACGCAAGUCUCCAUGUCAGCGAAGGAAACCACGGAGUUUCCGCCUCCUGCAUAUACACCGAGGUCUGAAGGAACCGAUGCUACCGCAGUCGAAGUACGCGAAGACGAUUUACCCUCUGUGGGUGCUUCGUCCGCAACCGCCGACAGAGUCGUUGCUCGCCAUGUUGGAUACAAUGAAGACAUGCCUAUACCUGAACAGGAAGUUAACGCUUAUGCGUAUAGACCAGCGCGUAAGCCCUCCCGUAGGUCGCAGAAGAAGAGUGACCGUAUGCUUGUGCUGUUCUGGAUUCCAAUUCUUCUCAUUGGUGUUGCGUGGGCUUUCCUGCACUUCGCGCGCGUUGCUUUUCAUGCUACGAGGGCAGUCGUCGGCUAUAAAGCCGGACUGCGGGUAUGA